AUGGACGUUGCGAACACGGCUGCUGCGAAAGAGCGCGCUUCUGGACGCUCAGCAGCAUGUCCGGUCUGCCACAAAACGUUCGCACGAAGUGAUACACUUCUCCGCCAUCAGAAAAGUCACCACGCCACCGAGGACAGAGGGCCGCUGCAUCGCGUGACCGUCGGCACCUUUCGUGCAUGUCUAGCUUGCGCAGCAGCUAGAGCGCGAUGCUCUGGAGGUAGUCCAUGUGGUCGCUGCAGUGUACGCAGCAUUGAAUGCGUGUAUCCCAACAAGCGUCGCAAAGGUGCACGAGAAGCCAAUGAGUACAGUCUCGAGACCAAUGAAUUCCGGAUCUCGACCAACAGCGGAUCGACCGCUGCUCAAUUGCCAUCAACUACCACCUCAGGACCAGCCAACGUCCAAGCAGCUGUCGCGCCAUCGUCAGCCCAAUCAGUCCGCAGUCAUGAGACUCAAGGAUUUGCUGGCAAUGUCUACAGCGUACAGGACAAUAGUCCAUCGAAUAUGCCGACAGCGCAGCAGGAGUCGGCCGCCUUAGACAGACCCGGACACCUGCUUGAACAGCAACAGUAUCCGGACGUGUCUACCGCACGCGGCUGGCAUGCGCAGCGACAAGAGCCCGCUCAUGGCUCUAUACCUCUGCUAAACCACGGCUAUACGCAUCCUGACUUGCAUUCGGGAGCGGAUUCGCACCAGGAUCCUGCCAGCUUACAAUAUGGAUAUCCCGCCGCCUGGGACGAUUCGUUGAACUGGAUUCCGAUCAGCGUCUAUCCAUCGCCGUACGAUGGAGAGCUUGAACACGACUUCUCCUUCCUGCUUCCCCCUCUAUCGGAAUCGUCGAACAUAGACUUUGACUAUGGUCAGUCAAUGCACCUGGACAACACAUCACACCUAUAUCAAUUGCCAUCUGCUACGUCGACGCACGGAGAGUCCUUGCCGGACAAUCGCAAGCUAUCCGUAGCCUUCACUGGUCUCGCCCAAAGUCCGACGUCUUCGGCGAGCAAUGAUCUAUCAGGUCGAUCGGCCGUCGAGUCAACGUUGCCAACGGCGAGGAAGAAGAGGCGGAAGUCCUCCAGCGCCGUCGACAAUUUCUUGCAGCCACGUAUGUCCCGGAAUCGCUCAUCGUUCCCGCUGCAUAUAUCCUCCUCCUCCGAACAGCCUGACUUUCACCCAAAAGAGUACUGCUCUCCUGCGAUUUUCGACAAUAUCCUUAGUGCUUUCCGCAGGCUCUGCUUAGAAUCACGACAGCAUCAGCCGUUUGAAACGUCCAGUUUCCCCGACCUCAAUGGUCUGAACCGGUAUAUCGACCUAUACUUCGAGCACUUCCACUCCAAUUUCCCUCUGAUCCACAGACCUUCACUUGCGCCCGAGUCGAACUGGCUUCUACUACUUGCAGUUGCUACAGUUGGGAGCAACUUCGUUCAGGCUUCGUACUCACUGGAGUUGAGGAAAGCCUUCCAAGACUUCCUGCGUAGAGCGGUGUCGGAAUGUAUCGAACAAUCAGUGGAGGGCGUAGCGGACGCAGCCGUCGGUCAAGCUCGUAUCCUGAAUCUUGUAAGUCUGUCGCAGGCCGAAGACGACGGCCUGAGAGCUCUUACAGCCCGCUACCACGCCGAAUUAUCCCACUGGUGCCUUGAUUCUGGUAUACUGCAGCGGUCUGCUCAGGAAUUACCGACCGCGAACCACAGUAAUUCGACACAGAUCUUUCAAAUGUGGCAAAGCUGGAUAUGGACCGAGUCUCUCAAUCGUAUCGGCCUGCUGACCUGGUUGCUUGACACGUCACUGGCUUACACGGCCAAUAUUCGCCCUAUGUGCAACAUGGAUGAUGCAAGAACACCUCUUCCUUGUGCUGACGAUCUCUGGGACUGCCAAAGUGCAGACGAAUGGCACUUCCAGCUUCCUGAGCAUGCUCAGAUGCCGUCACUGUGCAUGGCUUUGGAGCAUCUGUACAACAAGAAAGCGGUGUAUCCAGGUCUGAGCGACAUCUCCCAGAUCUUGCUCGUCAAUGCCUUGUUUCAGCGGACAUGGGAAGUCGGAACGCACAUCAAGCAGCCGCUCAGCGAAUGGGUGCCCACUGGAAAAGCAAGAGGAUUUCUGAACACGCCUACCAAGGAUGAUUUCUGGCUGCCUCUGUACCCGCUCUACGCGAAUUGGCGCAACUCCGGAUGUGACUGCCUCGAUGUGAUCAAUUGGCAGGCUGCUAGCGUUGUCGCGAAAGCAUCUGGCAAGGAGCACAGUCUGAUGCUACACCUCCACCUGGCACGUAUCAUCCUUCUCACUCCGUUCCAGGAGAUCCAGGACUUGUUGUUCUCUCUGAUUGGCCGUGUCGACGACUCAUCGAAAGCCAGCUUCUACGUCCACGACGGCAGCUAUCAGCCGAGAAACAAGGCGAAGUUGCCACAGAUCCGCAAAAUCACCUGGCGCUGGCUGCGAGAAGACCAACAUAAAGCAAGACUUGCUAUGGUCCAUGCGGGGUCGGUCUUCUGGCACGUUCGACGAUAUUCUUCAAACAGCUUCUACGAGCCCGUGGCCGUGUACCUUGCCAGCCUGGUGUUGUGGACAUAUGGCUCGUACAAGUCCGCUGCCCUCGAACGCAACGCUGCGAAUGGAAACGCGAAGCCCGUUGGCGGCCCAAGCGGUCCCGACGCCGAUCUGACAGCCGUCCAACCUUCUCGCGUAGAGCGUAAGAUUCGCGUACAAGAUGUGCUGCAAAGUCAGGAGACGGCGGAGCAUGACAGGCGUGGACCUCCUAAUGAUGCCGACCGCGGUUCAGACAGUUCAUCAGAAUCCGGAUCUGAUUCUGCACAGAUUGACUUGAUCUAUCUCGAUCGUCCUUGCGACGAUGAAAUGAUCCAGCAAUUCGUUCGGAAUGGUCACAAUAUGACGGCGCAUAUUUCCAAUAUUGGUGACAUCUGCCAGACGCCGCGAAAAGUGCUGCUAGAGGGUGCGAAGCUGCUGCGGUCUAGGCUAAGCUCAUGGGGUGUCAGUCGGGAGUACUAUGACAUCCUCACGAGGCUAGCUGAGAUGCGCAAAGGCUGA